CUUCAUUAGAAAUAAUAAAAAAAGUGCUAAUUGACAAGUUUUUCUCAACUGUUUUUUCCAAGGCAUGGAGGUCGAGAGGCUAGUAGCGCCCAAGCAAAACAGAGAAGUCAUUAACAAAAAUGGGCCAACGGGUUGGGCCGCUUUUGGGUUGGAGCUCAACCGCGUAAACUGGAUUGCUUUGCCCAUGAUUGUGGUGACGGUCUCUCAAUUCCUGUUGCGGGUCUCGCCCAUGUUCAUGUUGGGCCAUCUCGACAAACUCUCUUUAUCAAGCGCCUCAAUUGCCACCUCUCUCUGCAAUGUCACCGGCUUCAGUGUUGUCAGGAAUGUCCUUUCUGCUAUGCAGUCUGGGAUGGCUAGUGCUCUUGAAACUCUCUGCGGGCAGGCGUAUGGAGCCGAGCAAUACAAGAAAGUGGGAAAUUUCACUUACGGAGCUAUUUUAUGUCUCGUUAUAGUAUGCAUACCGUUAUCCGUUCUGUUCAUCUUAACCGAAAAGUUGUUGCUUAUGACGGGCCAAGACCCUUUAAUAUCGGCACAAGCAGGAAAAUUCGCAAUCCAACUUAUUCCCACGUUGUUCGCUUACGCGAUUCUUCAGUGUCUUGUUCGUUACUUGCAGACUCAGAGUUUGAUAUUCCCUAUGGUGUGGAGCUCAUUAGCGGCUCUGGGCUUUCAGCUGCCCUUGUGUUGGGCUUUCGUGUUCAAGUUGGGCUUUGGAAACACGGGGGCUGCAUUGUCUGUGGGGUUAUCAUAUUGGUUUAACGUUGUCUUGUUAGUGUUGUAUGUGAAGUAUUCUCCAGUGUGCAAUAAGACGUUUGUUUCGUUCUCAAAGGAUGUUAUGGUUUCGCUUAAAGAGUUUUCUGGGCUUGCUAUACCCUCGGCUGCUAUGGUUUGUCUCGAGUGGUGGUCCUUCGAGUUGAUUCUGUUGUUGUCUGGUGUGUUGCCAAAUCCACAGAUAGAGACAUCAGUUCUUUCUAUAUGCUUCACGAUUUCCUAUCUGCACUAUCACAUACCAUACUCAUUUGGUGCAGCCGCAAGCACUUUGAUCUCGAACGAGCUUGGAGCAGGAAAACCAGAAUCAGCACGAUUAACUCUCUUUGCAGUGUUAAUCCUUUCGAUUUUCGAGUUCCUUGCAGCCAGCAUUGCCAUUAUAACUUGCGGCCGAAUACUGGGGUAUGCAUUUAGCAAAGAAGAAGAAAUUGUCGACUAUGUCCACAAAAUGGCCCCUUUUCUUGGCCUCUUUAUCAUCAUGGAUGGCCUACAGGCAACACUUUCUGGAGUUGCCAGAGGUAGUGGGUGGCAAUAUAUUGGGGCUUAUGUGAAUUUAGGGGCUUAUUAUCUCGUGGGUACACCAAUGGCUUUGCUGCUAGCAUUUGUUUUGAACAUGAAAGGCCAAGGCCUUUGGAGUGGUCUUUUGGCUGGUGCAACUGUACAAUCCAUCAUGCUUUCUGUUGUAACCGGCCUCACAGACUGGGAAAAACAGGCACUGGAAGCGCGACAGAGAAUUUUGACAGGGGACUCUUCAGCUGAGGAUGAAUCCAUCUGCAAGAAGUACGGAUAUUUGGCAGAGAAGUGUUAGAAAAGAAAUGGUAACCGAGAAAUUCGAACUUUUUGGAGCGAGGGAAUGACGGUUGACGAUAUACAACAUCACAUGUCAACCUUGUGAUCGAUAACAACGAUUUUCGAAAGACUGCAAAUGUUGAAAACCGCACGGGUUGGAGGUAGGGAUUGUUACAGAAAGUUAAGUAGGUUAGAACCUAGAAAAGAACUGACAUUAUUCAUUUGUGGGUAGAUUUUGGUGAAUAAAUUCCACUUGGUUAGGUCACUAAAUCCGAUAAGCUGUUGAAAGACCAAAAACAGAUAUGAUAUAUAUACUGAUAUUUAAAGGAUUUUUUUUAUUUUAUUUUUUUUUAU